UUCAUGGCUUAUUUAAUACAGUGGUAUGCCUGAGUGCAAACUUGGCUUAAAUGAUAGAGUAUUGUUAGAGGCACAAGGUAGAACAACAAAGGGAAAGGCUAUUGACUUAGAAGACAUCAAAUUUCAUCAUUCUCAAAUUAUAUCUGGCCUUUUAUGAAGGUGUGUGCGUUUGGCUCGAUUUGAAAAUGAUAGAACAAUUUCCUUUAUACCACCUGAUGGGUCGUUUGAUUUGAUGACAUACAGGCUCAGUACGCAGGUUAAGCCUUUAAUUUGGGUGGAAGCAAGUGUUGAAAAGCAUUCAAAGAGUCGGAUUGAGAUUAUGGUAAAAGCAAGGAGUCAAUUUAAGGAGCGUAGCACUGCUACAAAUGUGGAGAUUGAGUUGCCAGUGCCUGUUGAUGCAACAAAUCCUAAUGUUCGAACUUCAAUGGGAUCUGCAUCAUAUGCACCUGAAAAGGAUGCGUUAAUCUGGAAAAUUAGAUCCUUCCCUGGAGGCAAAGAAUAUAUGUUGAGAGCAGAGUUUCGUCUUCCAAGUAUAACAGAUGAGGAUGCAACUCCUGAGAGAAAAGCCCCUAUAAGUGUCAAAUUUGAAAUACCAUACUUUACUGUUUCUGGCAUACAGGUUAGAUAUUUGAAGAUUAUUGAGAAAAGUGGUUAUCAGGCUCUUCCAUGGGUGAGAUACAUAACGAUGGCUGGAGAGUACGAACUACGGCUUAUUUAAGAACUUGUAUCUUUCUUUGGCGCUUGAAUUUUUCUCCGAAUAAUCGUGUCAACUUCCAUGGUUAAUGGUUUUAAACUGGUGGGUGGAAGAGGAACUCGAAUGAAAUUAGUUACAUUUUAUAUGGCGUGAUCAUAUCUCCCAUCAUGAUAGUUGUUUUGGCAACAGAUCGCGAGUUGCCCUUGUUCAUAAAGUUCAGGAAUUGGCAAGUGUAAGGCUGUAUCUUCUGUAAGUUUUUUUGUUCAAAUCUGUUUUUUGUUGGGAAAAAUGCUUGAUUUUUUUUCUUCUAUUAGCUUUUUAUUUACAAUCUGUCAAUCUUUUCCCAAUGUCUUAAGUUUGAUUUAUUUGUAAGAGAAUUAUUAGCUUUUGUAUUACGAAGACUGAAUAUUUCCCCCUCAUUAUUUUGUAUUCACUAUCUGACCCUCUCUUGUAUUAA